AUGGCAUCCAAAGGAAACGAGAAGGAGGUCGACUACGUCUCGAAGCAGGCCAAUCUUACUGCACAGAUCGAGAGUGAACGACAAGCUGCCAAAAAAUGGUGGGACGAGUACGGCUUGUGCUACCUGGAGAAUGCGCGGCAGGAAGACUUUACUUACGACAAUCGUGUCCUCGCACUCAAGAAGAAACUUGAUGACUCAAAGCCGCCGUUCAAGGAGUGCAGAAAGAAGAUCUGA